GGCUGCGCCUCGGUCACUCCCAAUCAUCUGGGCACGCGACAGCCACGACACGCACUGUCAGCCGGUGACGUAGCGCGAGGUUGUUGUAUAUCACGAUGCCAGCUUCCCCGCGGAUGCAAUUCCGAUACGUCAAAACAACAUCACUCGAAUUUCAUACUUUGUCGAUCAAGUUCUGCUUAACCAAUCAUAUCAGUCAUGGCUACUACCAACCAGUCGGCACAGUUCCAGGAGCCUCCAACGGAUGGGCUACCAGGGGCUACCAGCACCACCUCCCCUUCUGUCGACAGCACCGCGCCUUCGCAUGACAAUAUCGACCUUCAAUUUCAAGAGCCAAUUGUCCCAGAGGCAUCGACAUCUACCUCUACAUCCACUGACGAUGAUGAUAACUCGCUCCACAAGACUACUACCGACAAGCUCAAAGAUGCAGUAAAGAAGCCAUUUGGCAGUUCAGACAACUGCUCCAACCCGCACACACUAGGCAAGAAGGAGAUUACCAGUCCCGAGAUGGCAGCUGCGAAUGAGGUACUUGCAGCCAAGGAUCUCAAGUCGCCCUAAGCAGUGUGGCGGUGGAGGCAAAGGGAAACAAAUAAAGCGGGUAAGUGAAAUUGUUGCCUGAAGUUAGGAACGCCUUUGCAGGGGAAGAAGCAAUGGUGCUACAGGAGCAGCAGACAUUCUUUGUGUACGAGAUGAUUGCGCAACGGAGUUACGGUAUUUCAUGACCUGGUCGUCAGUAGUCACCUGAUAGCAAACUUCUAUUACGUCAAACUUCCACAGCACCUGUUACUGACAUGUAUGAGGGUCUCAUAGACCACAUCUUAGAUUUAACAAUACAGAGCAGUUACACAUGCGGACAUGGGUAUGUAGAAUAAUAGACAUGUAUUCAAAGUCAAAAUGGGUAUGUACGAAGAUGCAAACAUGCCUCAACCUUCAGCUUCCUUCUCACCCAAACC